AGCUUCUUGUAGCGAAGAGGAAAAGGGGCAGACCAAGAGGGUCUACUAAGAAGUUUUGUGUGGAUGAAGAUGUGGCAGAAAAUAACCCUGUUCCAAGUGAAGAAACUCUGCCUGGAACAGAAGAAAGCUCAGAACUGCCUGAAAUCUCACCAGGCAGCUUGGAGUGCAGGAAAUGCAAUCGGAAGUUCUCCAACACACGUCAGCUGACGAAACAUAUCUGCAUUAUUGUUUUAAAUGAAGGAGAGGAAGAAGGAGAUGGAGGUAAUGAUUCUGACGUUGACCUUGACAGGAAGGAAGAUGAGCGAGAAAAAACUCCAAGGAGGUCCAGAAUUCAGAAAGCAGAGAAAACCUCAACUAAGGACACUGAUCAGGUUUCAGGAGCAAAAAAUCCUAUUAUAAGUGUGGUUUUGACAGCCCAUGAAGCUAUUCCAGGAGCCACAAAAAUUGUUCCUGUUGAGGCUACUCCCCAGGAGAGUGAACCCACAGCUCCAGAAACAACAGUUCAAGACCCAUCACAGCGAAAAGGAUAUCAGGAAUAUGCCAUUCAGCAAACCCCAUAUGAACAGGCAAUGAAAUCAAGCAGGUUGGGUCCAACUCAACUGAAGAUUUUUACAUGUGAAUACUGUAACAAAGUGUUCAAAUUUAAGCACUCCCUCCAGGCACAUUUGAGGAUUCAUACAAAUGAGAAACCUUACAAGUGUUCAUACUGCAGUUAUGCCAGUGCAAUCAAAGCCAACCUGAACGUUCAUCUGCGCAAACACACGGGGGAGAAGUUCAGCUGCGAUUAUUGUACGUUCACUUGUCUCAGCAAAGGCCAUCUCAAAGUCCAUAUUGAAAGAGUUCAUAAGAAAAUUAAGCAGCAUUGUCGCUUCUGCAAAAAGAAGUACUCAGAUGUUAAAAAUUUGAUCAAGCAUAUCAAGGAAACUCAUGACCUCGAAGAUAAAAAAGUGAAGGAUGUUUUUGAUGAGCUUCGCUUGAUGACACGAGAGGGCAAAAGGCAACUUCUUUAUGACUGCCACAUCUGUGAACGCAAAUUCAAAAACGAGCUUGAUCGAGACCGUCACAUGCUUGUUCAUGGUGAUGAAAGACCCUUUGCUUGUGAGCUUUGUGGUCAUGGAGCUACUAAAUACCAAGCCCUUGAGCUUCAUGUUCGAAAGCACCCUUUUGUGUAUGUGUGCUCUGUGUGCCUGAAGAAGUUUGUCAGCUCUGUAAGGCUCCGUGCUCACAUCAAAGAUGUGCAUGCAGAUCUGCAGGAGGAGUCUGUUUUUAACAGUUCUAUCAACCAAAGCUUCUGCCUGCUUGAGCCAGGAGGUGACAUCCAGCCAGAAGCCCUUGGUGAUCAGCUAGCACAGACUGCAGAUGAAUUGACUAUCACGGGUACUGGUGCUGUUAACACAGCACAACCAUCUGCUGGUGAAUCAACAGCCGCAGAUGUAAACCAUAAUGGUCAACAUAAUGGUGACGUAAAAAUCGAUGCAGUCCUUUCCUUAGAAUUUGAAAAUCCUCUGGUGAAGAAUGUAACAGAGACGUUGUGUCAGACAACAGACAUAGUCCCAAACAUUGAGCCCUGUGUAGCAGCAGAUUGCUUUCUGCUGAAAAAUGGUACUACUGGUCCUGAAGAUUUGAAGGUUUCUCCCUCAAAUGAAGAGGAAGUUAAUCACUGCAGCUCUGUAAAUGAUCAGGGUGAAGAAAUAAAUCUUUUACUUUCUGAAGACAAAAGUUUAAAUCCAAGUCAGGACAAUGCAAUGACUGAGAACCUUCCAGUCUCUGAAGAGAGAAUCCAGUCUGUUCCUUCCAGUGAAUCAGAAACAAGCAAUCUGCCAAUUCAGAACUUGGCAGAAUCCACAGAGCCUUUGCCAGCACCUGAAGCCAGUGCAGCCCCCAGCCCCCAGGCAGCCCCUUCCAACACAGUGACAUCCGACAGUGGGACUGAAGCUGUUGCUUUCAUGCAGAUCUUGGAUAGUUUGCAGAAGAGACAAAUGAGCACAGAGUUGUGUGAGAGGAUAAGGAAGGUUUAUGGAGACCUAGAGUGUGAAUAUUGUGGCAAGUUGUUUUGGUACCAAGUGCAUUAUGACAUGCAUGUUCGUACGCAUACUCGAGAACAUUUAUAUUACUGCUCCCAGUGCAAUUAUUCUUCCAUCACCAAAAACUGCCUUAAGCGUCACGUCAUUCAGAAACACAGCAAUAUUUUGCUGAAAUGUCCCACUGAACAUUGUGACUACUCUACCCCAGAUAAAUACAAGCUCCAGGCACACCUUAAAGUCCACACAGACCUGGAUAAGAAGAGUUAUUCCUGUCCUGUGUGUGAGAAGUCAUUUUCUGAAGAUCGACUUAUAAAAUCUCACAUCAAGACAAAUCAUCCUGAGGUUUCAAUGACUACUAUUUCUGAGAUUCUUGGCAGAAGAGUUCAGCUGAAAGGACUUAUUGGAAAACGAGCUGUGAAAUGUCCCUACUGUGAUUUUUAUUUUAUGAAGAAUGGGUCAGACCUUCAACGUCACAUCUGGGCUCAUGAAGGUGUCAAACCCUUCAAAUGUUCUCUCUGUGAGUAUGCCACUCGCAGCAAGAGUAACUUGAAAGCUCACAUGAAUCGUCACAGCACUGAGAAAACACACCUUUGUGAUAUGUGUGGGAAAAAAUUCAAAUCAAAAGGCACUUUGAAGAGCCACAAACUCCUUCAUACUGCUGAUGGAAAGCAGUUUAAAUGUACAGUGUGUGACUAUACAGCUGCCCAAAAACCACAGCUGCUACGUCAUAUGGAACAACAUGUCUCUUUCAAG